AUGGUUUCUGUGAACAAUUGUGCCCGACAAUCUCUAGGUUGAAACAGCCGCGUCUUUUGAUUUUCGUUUUCUGUUUGUUGGCCACUCUUCUCGAUUUGUUGCAAACAAGCCCCAACGCGUGUUUCUUGCAGGUCGGACCAAUCUUCUAGUUCCGAGUGUAAGGAUGAGCCAAAACGUUGUUGCUGCCACGAAUGGAGUCGCCAGGUACGUGCCAACAACAUUUUGAACCGAUACUGUUGAUUUUAAACAUCACGUAUUUCUUAUCAGUUUUACUUUUUCUGAUGUAAACAGAAGAACCGUUUCCCUUGAAACAGUGACGCAAUCUUCAUGUUUAAUGAUAAAUGAAAUAUUCGUAAGAUAGUCAGAAGAGUGAAUUACUGCUGGCCACGUGCUGGUUAGACGGUUGAAGUCGAGACAUGAUAUGAUAAGAUUAUCACGUCUGAUCUCAUCUCGAGACAAAAAAGAUAAGACAAGAUUUUGCAGGAAAGGGAUCACCUAUAACAAUAUUUUGGAGGCCGCUCAGCGCCCAACUCCAUUGGUCCCACUGAAGAAACUCAAUGUGGAGCAUCAACUCAAAAGCGACAUUUGUGAGUUUUGAUGACAAAAAAGCUAAUUAUCGCCAAGCGGUAGCUUCAACUUUUUUACCGAUUCUAUUUGCUUAACCUCUCCGUCUAUAUUUGAAGAUUAACUUUCGGUCAAGACGAGUCCACCAAAAACCUUUUCUACUUUUCAGAUGUCAAGUUGGAGUAUCUCAACAUUGCGGGAUCGCUGGAGGAUAGAACCGCAGACAAGGCUUUCCAGGCAAGAAAUCGCAAUCUGAAAGUGACCACUAUCUUCAUUUCUUUUCAUUUUUCAGUUUGCUGAAGAGAUCGGACUCGUCAGAGGAAAUGAGGUCUUUGUGACCGCCGGAGGGUCUGCUGCCAUCUCUUUCGCAACAGUUGCUGCAGUGAAGGGAAACAAGUAAGAGAAAGAGAGAUCAAGAUCAAGAAGCACCACGUCACUCAACCAAACAUCUUUCAGAUUGACCGUUUACGCGCCGAAAGGAGAGUUCGCACUUGUGGAUACUGUUCUGCAUACUCUUGGAGCCAACUAUAUCGAGUUGCCGGUGGAGACGUACCUAGAAGCUCGUGCUCUCACUGAAGAGGCUGCUCAGCAGAAAGGAGCGUUCUCUCUGAACAGAUUCACCACCAACGCUGCCUUUGUUGCAAAUCUCCAGAAAACCGCUUUGGAAAUUGAGAAGGCUGUGAAUAACAAGUCGAUCGGAAAGGUCGGAGCAGUCGUCCUUCCACUGAACACCGGUGCGGCUGCUGCUGGAAUUGCUGCUUACUACAAGGGUGCAGGAGAGCAUGGAGUCCGUGUGGUCGGAGUCACUUGCAAGAAGAACACCAUCCCGGAAAUGGGGCUCGAUCUGAAAGAGGACCUUCUUCAAGAGUACAAUGUAGAGAAGAGAGAAGUCGAUGAGGACGAGGCCUAUGCUUUCACCAGACAGCUCAUCUCCAGCGAAGGAAUCAUGGCCGGACCAUCUUCUGGAGCCGCUGUUCUUGCUGCCAUCAAGGUAGGCAUUAUCUGUAAUUCAAACCACAAACAUUUCUGUUCAGCUUGCCAAGGAACUCCCAGCCGGUUCAACGAUCGUUGUCAUUUUAAUGGAUGGAAUUCGAAAUUAUUUGUGAGUACUAUCACAAUGAAACUGGUUUUCUCAAAAUCACAUUGACAAUUUCAGGCGUCAUUUCCUUGAUGACGAUUGGAUCACCGCUCAUAAGAAGAAUGUGGUCACAAGAAAAGAUGGACCACAGCCAAACAGCACUUUCGACCCAUCCGUCUUGAUUUAUGACCCAACCAAACUGGCCGGCGAAUGGUCGCAAGACCCGCAAACCAAGCAGUGGAAUCACUCGGCUGUCGAAUUCGGAGAAUUUAAGUGAGAAAGGAAACCGGAGGGCAUGAUAACAUCAAUUCCUUUUUAUUUCAGCCCGGAGAGACCGUUGGUGCUUGAUACCGUUCUCGAUGCAAUCGGAAAGACUCCACUGGUCAAACUUCAACACGUGCCCAAGAACCAUGGCGUCAAGUGCAAUGUUUGUACGUGUUAUUUGUGUUAUUAACGGGACAAUUUUAUGUGUUUGUUUUUCAGAUGUCAAGUGUGAGUAUCUGAAUGCCGGAGGAUCCACCAAGGAUCGUAUUGCCAAGAGAAUGGUUGAGAUUGCCGAGAAGACCGGAAAGCCAGGAAAGUUGGUUCCUGGAGUCACUCUCAUCGAACCGACCUCCGGAAACACUGGAAUCGGACUGUCGCUCGCUUCGGCUGUCCGUGGGUACAAGUGCAUCAUCACCAUGCCAAAGAAGAUGUCGAAAGAGAAGGCGAUCGCCAUGGCUUCUCUUGGAUCCACCAUCAUCCGUACCCCGAACGAGGCCGGAUUCGACAGCCCGCACUCCCACAUCGGAGUUGCCCUCCGUCUGAAGAGUGAAAUCCAGGAUGCGGUCGUACUCGAUCAAUACUGCAAUCCAGGAAACCCACUGGCUCAUUACGAACAGACCGCUGAAGAGAUUCUGUACGAUAUGGGAGACAAACCGAUCGACCUCGUGGUAUGUUCAUCGAUCUAAAGAUAUAAUCGCUUUCGGUUUUUUUUCCAAUUUUGAACGCAAUCGAGCGUGAACCUAGUUUUGAUUGCAAUCGUUUUCCAUUCAGGUUCUGACGGCGGGAACUGGAGGAACUGUCACCGGAAUUUCUCGCAAGAUUCACGAGCGUGUUCCAACUGCCAAGGUUGUCGGAGUGGACCCACAUGGAUCCAUUCUUGCCGGCCCAAACGAGACGGAGAUCGAAUUCUACGAGGUGGAGGGCAUCGGAUACGACUUCCUUCCGGGGACCUUGGACACCAACGUGGUCGACUACUGGGCCAAGUCGCACGAUAAGGAGUCGUUCCUGAUGGCUCGCGAGCUCAUCCGCACCGAGGGAAUCCUUUGCGGAGGAUCGUCCGGAUGCGCUGUUCACUACGCUCUCGAGGAGUGCAAGGCUCUCAAUCUGCCGGAGGACGCGAAUGUCGUCGUUUUGCUUCCGGAUGGAAUCAGAAACUAUCUGUGAGUACUAAAUUAUUCAAAAAGUUUGUAUAUUGAACAUAUUUUUAGGACCAAGUUCCUCGACGACGAGUGGAUGAACGAGCGUCACUUCCUUGACGCAUAA